UUGUCAUUAUUUUUAUUUUAUACAAUUUUUAUACAUUUUUAUGCCUUUUUUUGACGACGAUAUCGAAAGCGACAGCAUUGAUUCUGAUGGAAGUGGAACAAGCAGUUCCAAAUGCUCCUGCAAUGCUUGCCUAGAAUGCAACUACGACUAUGAAUCUAUGUAUCAGCCCGGAUGGUUUUUACCUCAUUGCAAUAUUUGUCCACAAGCAUGUCUCAAGAUCCUCGUUGUGCUUACUUUAUUGGGCGGAGCCAUAUUGGGACUGACCAUCAACGUAUGGAAAAAAGAUGAAGAUCCAUACAUGAAGAAAGUAAAAACAACAACAGAAAUAAUACGAAUAAAGCAAGUAACUACUGAUAAAAAAAAGUACACAAGAAGAACAACAAAGGAGUCUCUGCUAACAAUAACAAGAAGAAGCCAAAAAAAAACAACUGAUGAAUUGGCACAAAAAAUGUUAGUAGUUCCUGAUACAAUAAAAGAAGAGGAACCAGCAACAACUGAAAUGUCACACCCAACGCUACACACACAUUUGAUGCCGCCAAUGAUUGAUCAUAGAUGGAUUGAAGAAAAAACAGCAACAACUAAAAGGACACAGGAAAUGCAUGCCGUUGAUAAUGACACAAAAGUAGCGGAAUUUAACAACAACAGCAACGACACAGAAAACUCUAAUAAAUUGAUGAUGCAACAAAACGAAGAAAAUUCAACAACCAUGCAAGAAAUAACGGAACCGUAAACAACAAAACCGAAAGUACGGUAAGAGUAAAAAAUAGAGGUCUUGAAUUAUUAAUUGUACUUAGAAAAAGUUGUAGAUAUAUACCACUUUUUUACAAUAAUAAAGAAAGUUUA